GAAGACAACAGCUUUCUAGCAGAACGCGUCACUGCUCGUCGCGCUUUCACGAUCCACAACCAACACGUAUAUCUCCUUCCUUUAAUUAUAUUCACUCAAGAUGCCGCUCGAGGCAACGAUGAUGAUAAUCGACAACUCAGAAUACAUGCGCAAUGGAGACUAUAUCCCAUCCCGCUUCGAAGCUCAGUCUGAUGCUGUCAAGACCAUCUUCCAGACCAAGAUUGAUUCAAAUCCAGAGAACACUGUUGGCGUCAUGACAAUGGCUAACAAAGGACCCGAGGUUCUCGUGACCCAUUCGAAAGACAUUGGACAGAUAAUCAAGGCCUUGCAUGUAACAUCAUCCAAAAUUGGCGGAUCAAUAGAUAUUCCUACUGCAAUCAACAUCGCUCAGCUUGCCCUCAAACAUAGAGAAAACAAGAAUUUGCGGCAGAGGAUAAUAGUCUUUGUGGGAUCUCCGCUGGAGGGUCAGGGUGCGGACGAGCGGGAGAUGGUGAAGCUCGCAAAGAGAUUGAAGAAGAACAAUGUUGCUGUUGACUUUGUUGCGUUUGGUGAUGGCGUCGAGGAGGAAACCAAUGUCCUCAAGGCUUUCGUAGACAAUACAGCAAAUAGCGAUAACUCACAUUUGGUGUCUGUACCACCUGGUACACAUCUACUGUCAGAUGUAAUCAUUUCUUCCCCAAUUUUGUCGGAAGACCGGGGGAUACCACCAGAGGCGAUGGGAGACAUCGGUGGUGCAUCGGGUUCUGGUGGUGCCAACUUUGAAUUUGGUGUUGAUCCAAGUUUGGACCCUGAGCUUGCACUGGCCCUUCGCAUGUCCAUGGAAGAAGAACAAGCUCGGCAAGCAGUGGAAGAGCAAACACGUCAAUCGGCUACCGAUGCCCAGCCUCAGACGGAAUCAGCAGGAGUAGACAAUGAUGAGGAGGCCAUGCUCGCUCAAGCUCUUGCCUUGUCCGAACGCAAUGAUGUUGACAUGGGCGAGGAGCAAGACGAAGACAUGGAUGAAGAAGAAGCAAUUGCUCGUGCGAUCCAGAUGAGUAUGAAGCAAGAGGAAAAAGAACAGGGGGGACAGUAGUACUAAGCUUACAUAUUCUCACUUGUAUUUUUCCAUGAGUCACACUCCGAUUUUUCGAAUGGCUGUUAGUUU